AUGCCGGAUGAAUCAUCAAGAUUACUUUUAAAUCACACCAAUCCUGGAAGUUCUUCAUCAUUAAGAUAUGAUUCUAUUCCAAGACCUCCAUCUAGAUCAAAUCUACUUCAUCAUAGUAAUACUACUGGUACUAUGACUCCUGGAAGACCACCAUUAUUAUCUGUACCUUCAACUAGUUCGGUACGAAGUUGGAAAAGUUCAACUAGUUUAAAUGAUCAAGUACUAGAUAGUUAUUUAAAGCAAUCCCAUACUUCAACUCAUCAUAAUAAUGAUAGUCUUUCCAUUUUAAAUUUUGAAUUAUAUAAUAAACUUUAUCUGAAAGAAAAGAAAAAGUCCAUCUUUCAGGAUGAUGAUGAUGAUGAUGCUGGAGCAUUUAAUUUAUAUGCAUAUUUAGGAUACUAUAUUCCUAUAUUAAAUUGGUUACCUAAUUAUAAUUUCAAAGAAUCAUUUCUUGGAGAUACAUUAGCGGGGUUGUCAUUAGCUUCAUUUCAAAUUCCAUUAGUUAUGUCAAUAGCUACAUCAUUAGCUCAUUUAUCACCAACAAGUGGAUUAUAUUCAAUGAUUAUAAGUUCAAUAAUUUAUGCUAUAUUUGGAACAGUACCUAUCUUAAUUGUUGGUCCAUCUCCAUCAACUGCUUUAAUUUAUGGACAAGCUAUUGAAUUGAUUAAACAUGAACUGAAAUUUCUGGAUUUUAGUAUGUUGGAAAUUUCUUCAUGUUUAACUUUUUGUUUAAGUGGAAUAUUAUUAGGUGCUGGAAUAUUUAGAUUGGGAUAUUUAGAUAAUGUUUUAAGUAGAGCUUUACUUAAAGGAUUUGUUGCUGCUAUUGGUUUAAUUAUGAUUAUAAAUGAAUUAAGUACUGAAUUGGGUUUAGACAAGUUGUCUUUGAAUCAUCCUCAUGUAACUACAAUUGAUAAAAUUUUAUUUAUUAUUAAUUAUUAUGAUCAAGCUCAUUUGUUGACAUUGAUGAUUUCUAGUAUUACUUUAAUUAUCGUUUUGAGUACCAGAUAUAUUAAAGAUUUUUUGGUUAAUAAAUAUAAUUAUAAAAAAGCCAUUUAUAUUCCCGAAUUGCUACUUAUGGUGGUAAUAGCAACAUAUUUAAGUUAUGAUCAAAAUUGGAAUGGGAAAGGAGUUGAAAUAUUAGGAGAUAUCACUCCUAAUAAAACCAAAUUUCAAUUUCAAAAUCCAUUCGAAGUAUCAAGAUUACCCAUUUACAAGCAUCUAUUCACUACAAGUUUCUUAUGUACCAUAUUAGGCUAUUUUGAUUCCACCACAGCAGUGAAGGCAUUAGGAGCUAAAUAUAAUUAUAAUGUUAGUUCGAAUAGAGAAUUAAUUGCAUUAGGGGUAAUUAAUUUUGUAAUUGGAAUAUUUGGUGGAUUACCUUCAUUUAGUGCACUUGGAAGAUCAAAAAUUAAUUUAAUUGCCGGAGCAACAUCACCAAUGUCUGGAUUGAUCAUGUCUGGAUCAAGUAUAAUUGCUUUAUUCUAUUUAUUAUCUUAUUUAUUCUAUUUACCAGAAUGUGUAUUAGCUUUAACUACUACUAUAAUUGGUAUUACAGUAUUACAAGAAGUACCUUCAGAUUUGAUAUUUUAUUGGAAUAUUAAAGGAUUUGAUGAAUUAGCUACAUUUUCAAUCAUCUUUUUGGCUACAUUAUUUUGGAGUGCUGAAGCAGGUGUUAGUUUUGGAGUUAUUAUAGCAAUUAUUAGAAUUAUUAAAAAUAGUUCAAGAUCAAGAAUUCAAAUCUUGGGUAGGGUUCCACAUACUACUGCAUUUAGAGAUGCUGAUGCAUUAAUUGAAGAAAGUUUUACAAGUUUUCAAAAAAGUUCGAACGAUGACUUAGAUGAAGGUGAAGAUAUUGGUAGAGUAUCACCUCCAGAUGAUGUUGAUGAGAACAACAACAACAACAACAAUAUUAAUAACAAUACAGAUAAAUUUAAUAAUUUAAUUGCAGAAAUUGAAGAAAUUGAAGGAGUUUUAAUUAUUAAAAUUCCAGAACCUUUAAAUUUCACUAAUGUUGGAGAUUUGAAAAGUAAAUUAUUUAGAAUUGAAAAAUAUGGUUCAUUAUUGGUACAUCCUUCACAACCUUCGAUUAAAGAUUUUAAAACUAUAAAAUCAAUUAUAUUUGAUUGUAAAGGAAUGAAUGAAUUAGAUUCUUCAGCUACACAAAUAUUGUAUGAAAUUAUUAAAAAAUACAUUGAAAUUGAUAAAAUUCAAGUUUGCUUCACAAGAGUCUCAACUAAUAUUAAAUGUCGAAAGAAAUUACAAAAAUCAGGUAUAGUGAAGUUAAUUAAUGAUUCAUUUGAUUAUCAUCAUCAUAAUAGCCAUAACAGAAGAAACAUAUCUCACACCGAAUUGAAUAACUUAUCAUUGAAUUCUUCAACUUUAGGAAAAGGUUUUUAUUUAAGUAUCGAUGAAGCUUUGAAAUCAAUCGAUUUGCAAUCGGUAUAA